GUGGCUAUACGCCUCUGGUGGCAAAAAAGUGAACCAUUCAGUUUUGCUGUCAAACCACCGAAGAUUUCUCAAACAACCACUGUCCAUUAGCAUUGAAUCCCAUCAUGUCUUGCAAAUUGUUGAUCGCGUUUUCUCUUGCCGUGUGCCUUUCUGCCGUCUCAGCUUCUUCCUGUUCCAAUCCAAAACUCAGUUCUACAUCCUUUACAACACUGGAUGGCACCAUUCUAACAAAUAUUGCCUAUGUAUCUCAGUUUAAACUGAGCUGCGAUGGGGAGCCUGCUGAUAUUCCCCUUUAUGCUGAAGUUGGGGGAAAACCCUUGUCUGUUGUAAAAAGCAAGGAAACCAAUGAAUAUGUUGUUAGUUGGUUGGAGGAAACUAAGAAAGCACCUCGUGGUAACUUUGAGAUUAAAGUGUACGACGAUGAAGGUUAUGCCGCCGUGCGAAAGGCUCAACGCAAUGGUGAAGAUACAACCACUGUCCAGCCUCUAGGAGUUGUGAUCCUGAAUCAUCCUGGAGCGUACAAUGGACCUUGGAUUAACUCUGAAUUAGCGGCAGUCAUUGUUGCUUUUGCCGUAAUGUACUAUGCAUUGACAACAAAAACAAAAUUGGAAGCGUAAAACGGGGAAUGUUGGAAGUAAAUGUUGUUUAUUUCUGCAAUGAGAAAAUAAAUUGCAGUAAGGUGAAAAA